AUGAGUUAUUCUUGUACCAGCAGUGGCAACAGCCAGGACCGAUCAAACGCUGAGAAGUCCGUGGGUAAUAAUCCCGGCAGUUGCGGUGGCGGAAGAGAUACUGGAGGAAGCAGCAGUAACAACACCGAUGGCCAGACGAGUCCGAACGCGAACCCAAACCCAACGGCAGCGAUGAAAGUAAAAAAAGGCUGCAACUCGACGGACAUCCCGGCGACCAUGGAGGAGGGACUGCUCGCGAACACGGUGAUCACUCCCGAUGAUGUACUGGCCUUGCAGAAGAUCACAGAGAGUAAGUUCGAUAGUCCACAUACCACACUAGGCUAA